AUGGAUGAUGAUGAUGACGGUUGUAGUAGUUGUAAAUUAGAAGAGAAGAAGAAGGAGGAGGUUAUUCCAAUUCCAUUGAGUGCACGCGUGUGUAGUGCAGAAAUGAUAGUAAACAAAGAUGACUCUAGACCUCUCAUUCUUGGGGUAUCAUCAUGCUUUGCACUUUAUCCGAACAACGAUUGUUUACGUGAAAAAGCUCGUGAAUCGAUUGUCGUCACGACUUCGCAAAGUUUGCUUGCACUCGUGGUGGACAAUGGUUUCACAACAAAUACUUGUUUCAAUUGGUCAUCAACAUCGUUUGGUAUCAAGAACUUUGGUACUGCUGCAAAUUUAUGUUAUGUAAAAUGUUUUAGAUUAUUACAUUAUAUAAUGAUGUUACCAGAGCCUUUAAAGGAUCGAUUGAGAAGAGAACAUGGGUUGCAUUGUGACAUCUUUUCACUCAAAGCAGUGGUACCCUUUUUGAGGUGUUGCAACGAUUACAAGAUCUAUCUCGAUAUUUACAAUCUAUUCAAAUCGGCAUUUACACAAGCUAAAGUUCUACCCGAUCCACUCAAAGAAGCAUGUUUGGCAGGUAACAUUGAUAUUAUUAAACACCUUUGCACGACUGUUGGUUUCAAAGCCGAUGAUUGUUGUUUGGGAAGAGCAUUCGAAUCACCCAACACUGAAGGUGUCAUGCAAGUCAUUCAAUAUCUAGUCAAAGAGCAAGGAGUUAGAAAAGGAUUGACUAUUACAACCAUGACACAUGCAUUUCAAACAAAGAGAAUGGACGUUAUUCAAUUCAUCUUUGAGAAUACAAUGUAUGAAGCAGCAUUUGAAAAACAUAUAUUGGCCAAUGCCUCACAGACGUGUAAUGUAGAGAUUAUAAAGUAUGUUGAAAAGAUGAUGGUUGCAAGAGGUCACGUGUCAUCACUCCAAUACAUUUUCUCGCAUCCACUCAAAAACGAUGCAAUGGAGACACUUCAUUAUCUCGCCAAAAAGUAUCCAGAAGGUUUCAAUGACCAAAAUGUCUAUAUUGCAUCGUCAAAAGGUUUGGAACCCAUAAAAUAUAUUCACGAAAGAUUUAAAGAAAAGUCUGUACCCGCUAAAUACUAUGAUGUUCCACAUCUUGUCGAUUCUGCAUCAUCCAAGGGUCAAUUAGAUGUUGUAAAAUAUAUGUUGGAAGAAUGUCGUACACCUCCAUUAAGAAAAUUUAUGGAUACGGCUGCAAUUACCGGAAAUUUAGAUAUUGUUGAAUAUUUUCAUCAAUCAACUACUGUAGGUUGUUCAAAAGCUGCAAUGGAUGGGGCAAUUAAAAAUGGACAUUUAAAUGUAAUUCAAUUCUUACAUAAUUUUACAACAGAGGGAGGAUCACCUAAUAUUAUAAAUAUUGCUUCACAAAUUGGUCGAUUGGAUAUUAUUAAAUUCAUGAUUGAGAAUAAUAGAACAGAGGGAUUCUCUGGAUUGGCUAUUAAUUGGGCCAUUGCACAAGGUCGGUUUGAUAUAGCCGAAUAUUUGAACCCACACUUGCCAAGGGAAAAGAGAGCAACCAUGUCUGAUGCAGUUGUCAAUGCUGCUCAUAUUGGAGACGUGUAUUGGGUAGACUGGGCCAUUCGUGAGGGCUAUCAACUCAACCCUCAAGAUUGUAUGAUGGCAGCCAUCAAGAAUGGUCAUUUGGGUGUGGUUCAAUAUUUGGUCAAUCACCAAGACUUUAAACUCUCAGAUAUACACAUUCACAGUGCCGUCGAUGAUAAUGGUGCAGACAUUCUAGAGUUUAUGAUUGAUACUUGUAAAUACAACUUUGACGUGACCGACCAGUUCUUUGUACUUGCGUUGGAUAGCGCAGCCUCUAAAGGUCACCUCAACUCUAUUAAAUUCAUUACCACUAGAUAUGGACCGAGAUGGAGUGCAAAUGCCGUUGCCCGGUCUGUCUAUCACGCUCACAUGACCACACUUGUCUAUCUAUUGGAGCAAAAGAGUGACCCGUCCUUUUUGACCUACCAUACUUUUGCACAGGCAAUUCAAAAUGCCUGUAAUCACGGUCAUCUCCAUGCAGUCAUGUUCCUAUGCGAAUACCUAUGUCUGGCACGUCCAGACAUUGAUAUUAACAAGAUGUUUGAAAAGGGGUACUCGUUUUCCGAUAUGCCUAAACAUUUCCACAUCGUCAAGUAUCUUGUUGAGAAUGGUCAUGUCGAGAAACCAGUCAUAUCAAAACUCGUCCCCAGCUACGAAAGACAAAAUAAUGGGAUGGAUCAUGACUAUGAUAAAUUAUUUUCUUCUUCAACAAAAGUAAUCAAAAAUAAUAAUAAUAAUAAUCAAAAUUCUCUAUCUUUAUUUUCAUUGAACCUUACACAGAAAUAA